CCUAGCAACCGCAGACGCCAGCCUCUGCGUCCUCCAACUGUGGAUUCAGUUUUCUGAGUUUUUUAUUACCUAUAUUACCUUUUAUUACCUUUACUGACUGAUUUUUUAAAGCCGAGAAGAUGGACGUAUCACUCGAGGCACAAACCAAACCACUUUCUACCUUGUCGUCAUUCAGUUACAUCCCAGCGCGACGGAAGGAACCGAAAGAAAUGUCCUUCUUUAACAGAGACUCAAAGGCCCCAGAAGUCUUCAUGUAUGACCAAGUGUUCCACCAGGCCGAGGGUUAUGAUAUGAAACUGCACCGAGAUGACAGGACACACCAUAAAGGGAGAGGACUAAACAUAAACGAAGAGGAGAUGUCCAGAGUUGUUCCUGUGCGCUCCUCUUCAGAAUACGGCCGCCGUCCUGUUCCCGUCCUCUACCAAACAGGCCGGCAGUACAAACAUGUGGCUUGCAUCAAAGCUGAAUUUUUCAUGAAAAAUGGGAUCAUCUGGAAUGUGGCAGAAGGAUACGGAUCAGUGGCCCCUAUUUGAAAGCCUGAAGUCUCCCAGCAUGAGAUGAAAGUGUUUCUUCUCACGGUGAAAGCAUUUACUAAUAAACCCGUGUUGCAGAGCGUAGAUUUACUUGAUAGGUCCAUUGUGAAAGAAUUCAACCAUCAUUUAAUCAGACGACAUAGAAUCUUGAUAUAUUAUAUACUGGUAAUUAGCAAGAAAUAUAGUUAUUUUAAGUGAAAUAUUACCUGUCAAAAGACCUUAAAGAUUAAAUCAGAAAAUAUGAAGACAGUGACAUUUACCAGGAUCCUCACGCUACAUUUUCUAGUUUGAGGCUGAUAUCACUCCGUCUCUAUGAACGUCCUUUAAAGGUUUAGGUGGUACAGACACUCUAUAAAUCAAAAAAUGUCCACCAGUGAUUGCAGCUCAGUAUUGCACAUAUCAAAGACCAGAGUAUUGGUGUUCAGAUUUCUGCCUUUAGUUUAAUGUUUGUUUACUUUGAGGCUGAAGGUCCUGGGUGACGGUGCACAUUGUGAAUUCUUAAACUGAAGAGGAUUUCUUUAUUGAGCCUGCCACUUACUACUGAAAGUCGGGAUAAGAUGAAUCUACAUAAACUGUUUACAAAGAAUUGCUCCAACCAAAACCAUGAUCAUUAGUUCUGAGCAGAUUCACAUUUAUUCUAACCACCAUACAUCACCAGUACUUGAUCUCUCCCGUUUUCUGUCAUGCAGGUGACUUCUUGUUACCCUUGCCUUGUGUAAACAAAGUUCUUUUCGUGCAUCGCUAACCUCUUUGAUUUGCAAGUUCUUGAAUUCUCUCUGUGUAUAAAUUCUGAACCCACGCAACAGAGACCACCCUCCUACAUAAUGGGAUUUUAUUUUGAGCACAGACAUGUCUCAUUUGCUUCUGCUUUUGUUCUCUGGCUGAAAUAGACCUAAUGUUUGGUGUUAGAACUGCCGUGUUUAUUUAAGGGGUCCAGGAGCUAAUACACAAGGUGGUGUUUCAAAAGCAGAAAGAGAAAAAUAGCUGACUGAAAUAAAAAGGUUGUCACACAAAUCUUUAUAAAACAAUGGUUUCACUCCUCAAUCAGAAGAUUCAUCCUCAGAGAUGUCUGAUUAGUCCUGCAGUAAAUGUUUCUUAUUGGAUCUUAGUGCAUUAUCAUUACUCUAUGGAUUUGCACUACAAAUCAUUUCACAAGAACAAAUACAUCUGAUAAAGUUGUGAUAAGUAUUCAUACAAACAAUACGUAUUAAUAAGUAUUAACAGUGACAAUUGGUAUUUGUUAACCAGAGGAUAUAUUGGUAAGUGUGAUAGUUACAUAAGUCUAGAUGCUAACGUAUCAUCAUAAUAGUUUUGUUCUCUACAGUUUGAGAAAUACACUUAAUCGCUUUCUGGCAAGAGUUAGAUGAGACUAUCGAUACUACUCUCAUAUCUUUCUAUUAAACACAAAGCCGCCAGCAGUCGAAUAGCUUAGCUUACCACAAAGACUGGAACAGCUCGCCUGGCUCUGUCCGAACAUAAGAAAAUCUACUUACCAGGAAUAAAGCUCAUUAAUGAACAUGUUAUCUCUCGUUAGUUUAAUCGCUGCAAAAAUAUAAUCUGUUGAAUGGCUCCAUUAAAUAAAUCUGCCACAUGAAAAC